CAGCUGUCACUGGUAAUCUGUGAUUUUCAAUAAUUUCAAUUUUCAAUGUGCUUAUUGUGCGCAUACCUAUAAUACUUAAAGAACUUGGACACCAAAACGUUAUAGAAAUUAAGCAGCAUGCCUAAAAAUUAUGGAAACAAAGAUUCAAAAACACAUAAUUGACUACUUUUCUUGCUUAGAGGAGUUUUUCAAUUCAGCGAAAAGUGGUUUGAAAACUUGCCAAAACUGCGCAAUUUCUGUAAAUAAAGUAAUUCAACGUUGUAAACACAUAAAAGAAGCUGAUGUUAUUGGUACGCCAUUAGAAGAUUUUGUUGGGCUUCAAAGUAAAUUAUUGACAUGUCUUCAUAACCUCAUCUCGGAAGAAGUUGUCGAAGUGAAAAAACAACAAUCUAUCUUGGAAGAGUUAUUUGAAAAACUUUGCUUUAAAAAUAAUCUAUUGCAUGAAAGCUGUAGAGGUAUAGACUUUUCAAUUUCAAAUCCAUCAGCUCUUGUUAAUGGUUCUCCACUUCAACCACCUCUGCACCAGUUACUAGAGUUUGCCUCAGAUUCCAUCACUUUUGGAAGUCAAAUCUGUGCCCAGAUUGACACUGCUCUGCAAGUUUUAUCCUUUAAAGGGCUAAAUACAGAAUAUUUUGUUGACAGCUUUAAAUUUCCGACAGAUUGGAACACAAAAAUCAAAGAAAUAAUUGCCUACACCUCAUUCUGUUCAGAGAACAAGAUCUAAAAUGGAUCUCCUAGGCUCGAUCUUGAAUUCCAUGCAAAAACCACCGCCAGUGAGUGAAGCUCAGAAAAAUGCAAUGAAAAAGCAGAAGGAAGCAAUAGAACGCAAGAAAAAGGAGCAAAAAGCUAUGCUCGAUCGUUUCCACAAACAUGUGGAGGAUAAGAUCAGUGAAUUUAUUAAAGAUGGUACCAAACCACAUUUACAAUUUGAACCCAUGGAGCAAAUGUUCAGGGCUAUAAUAAGAGAUGUAGCUGACACUGCUGGUGUUACGGCAAUGUCCUUUGGUCAAGAAGGUGUAGAUAGAUAUACUGUAGUUUACUUAAAAGAAAACAUGCCAUCAGAGGAUGAACUGGCAGUUCGUAGAUCAGGGGGUGCUUGGAACGAAGACAAGGCAGCAGAAAUGGCUCUAAAAAGCAUAGAAAUGAGAAAGUUAGCAGCUCUAGAAGAAGAAAAUAACAGAAAACGUAAACAUAGCACUGGAGAGCUCAGUGGUACUUUUUAUAAGCAGAAGUAUGCCCACCUAAUUGGUGAAGAUGCGGCUUUAGAUGCGGCACAGAAAACUAAUGUCAAUAAAAGUUAUGGUGAAGUACCAAGCGCAAAUAAGAAAGAUCAACGUUCCAUUGAACAAACUAUGGCCGAUAUCAAAGCAAAGAAAUUAAAAAAGGCUGAAAAAGACGCCAACACCUAAGUUUGAUGUAGAUUAGUAAGUCUGUACCCUUUCAAUUCAUUUUUCCACAGUAAUAACAAAAUUCAAAGUGAUUGUUUGACUGAUUUGUCAUAUUUAGGUAAAUCUAUAUAUUAGCCAAUGCUGUAGAAGCUGCAGCUGCAUUUGAAAUGGGUCUGACAUAUUUUGAGUGUUCCACCUAAUCGUUAGAGGCUUAGUUUAAGUACCAAUGUGUUAAAUUAGCUCGUGUUUUGAUAUCUAAAGCAAUAAUAGGGAAAAUGCGAUAUUUUUA